UUAAUUUUUUAGUUAAACUAAACAAUUUUAUAAACCAGAAUAAGGCACAAAUAAUGGAUCUUACAGGAAGCAGCUAUGAAGGGAAUUUUGAUGUUUAUGGCAGGAUGGAUACCAAAGGUAUUUAUCAGUUUCCUGAUUCAAUAGGAACUAAAUAUAUUGGUGAAUUCAAAGAUGGGAUGUUUCAUGGUGACGGCACUUUGCAUUUUCCUGGAGAUAGCAAAUUUGUUGGGACUUGGAAGAAUGGAAAAUGUAUCAAGGGAGAAUAUUUGUUCAAAGACAAUUUAGUCUACUCACCAGAAGACUGGGGAUAUUGUGAACCACAUGACAGAAGAUAUUACACAGAAAUCUGCGAUGGACUUAAGCCAGCUGGGUUAUCUCAGUUAACAAAUGAGAUUCCAAGCAAAACAAUACCUAAAGGUUGUUAUGACUGUGGGGAUGGUUUUUACAACCCAGAAAUUCGUGUGGUUAUAGAUUAUGAUAAUAAAUUUUUAAGGAAUGCUGAUGACGAUGAACACAAUUGGAUAGUGAAGCAUUGUCGGCGAGAAUGGGAUGAAAAUACUGGAUUUAAAGAUAAUUUGCGAGAACUUUAAAAUUUUUUUUAGUACUCAUUCUUUCGGCAAUUUCGUUAGUUCAACAAAA